AUGCCGAUAGCCAGCGAUAUCGCCCUUGAUAUCUCCAAAUUUCACCCGGGCAAUGUCACGGAGUCAACAAAGAAAGCGGCAACUCUGCUGGAAAGCAUCACCACCACUGGGCCCCGAUGGUGGGAAGUAGAUAUCAAAAAGUACCGCGAGAUGCGGGAGCUUGGUCAGACAUCGCUGCCCAAGCCCGUCUAUCUCGCAGGGGCUUUUGACGGCGCUGUGCCUUCGCGAGAAGCUGGCCGUGAUAUCCCCAUCCGUAUCUACAAGCCUGAUCAUGGCCAGCCUAGCAAAGGCGUCUUCCUCCACUUCCACGGCGGCGGUUUUGUGCUGGCAACGCACAAACACUCCGAUAGCACCCUCCGGGAAUACGCCAACGCGUGCCAGCUAACGGCGAUUUCAGUCGGAUACCGUCUGGCCCCGGAGCAUCCCUACCCAGCUGCUGUGCAUGAUGCCAUUGAUGUCGCCGAGUACAUGGUGGACCAUGCGGUGGAGGUAUACGGUGCCCCCUUCUGCUUUAUCGGUGGAGAAUCAGCGGGGGCCUGUCUUGUUGCUCUGUCAGCCCUGCAGCUCAUGCGGUCACGGCCGUCUCACAAAUUGUUAGGUCUCGUCCUUCCUUAUGGUUUGUUUGAUCUGGGUCUCGGUCUUCCCGCGAUGGCGGCUUCCACCAAGCCCCUCAUGAUAAACUUGGAAAUCAUGGAGAGGUUCAACAACGCAUAUGUGCCGGGCAUGAGCACUGCCGAGCGCAAACGUCCUUGUGUGUCCCCGUUAUACGAGGACCUCCGGGCACUUGUUGCGGCCCCUACUAUUGGAUCGUUACCUCCCGCUCUCUUCCUUUGCGGUACCGAGGAUCCGUUGCUUGACGACACGAUCCUGAUGAGUUCUAAGUGGAGCAUUGCUGGUGGCGAGGCUAUCGUCAAGAUCUACCCUGGCGCUACUCAUGGUUUCACGGUGUUUCCCGGUCUGCCAGUGGCAGAUGAGGCGCAUGCGGUGACACUGGAUUUCAUGAUGGAGAAAUUGAGCGGGUCGGCGUGA